ACAGAAGUAGCGUACUAGCAUGGCGCUCGGUGUAGUCGGAGUUCCCUUGUCUCACCCGUGUCGUUUUCAUGUUAGGUUUUACUUACGUAUCUGACAGAGGUACGUUCAUAUUAUACGCUGUACGCCCCUAAAGACAAACAAUAGAAUCUGUCCGUUGAAUACUCCAGAUAAGUGGCUAGUAGAUUCCAGGUAGCUUGCUAACUAGUAACGUUAGCAAGGAGGCAAAAAUUGGGAGAUACGGGACAACAAGAGGAGGAGUCCUGUUUUGGAAGAGCUGAUGCAGAUGCCAUGGCCAUAGCCGAGGUAUGGGAGUGACGUGAGAGUACUGGUCCUGCUUCCAAACAGAAACCUUAUCCACAUCAUGUAUUUCUGCUGAAGUCAAGGCGGAACACACAGAGAAUGGAUGAGUCAGUAUUGUUGGAUUUGCUUGAGUGCCCUGUUUGCCUGGAGCGGCUGGAUGCCUCGGCAAAGGUUCUUCCCUGUCAGCACACCUUCUGCCGCCGAUGCCUCCAAGGCAUCCUAGGCUCACGUGGAGAGCUGCGCUGCCCAGAGUGCCGGACGUUGGUGGAGUGUACCGUGGAUGAACUCCCCAGCAACAUCCUCCUUGUGCGCCUGUUAGAUGGCAUCAAACAGAGGCCUCGAAGGGCUGUUCCUGGGGCUGGAGUCUGCACAAAUGGUACGUCUGGAGCCGUGGCCAGAGCACACAGCAGGGACCAGGGCAGCAGGGACCAGGGCACCCCAGGAGCACAACCCCAGCGAGCUCAGGCUAAGAGCACCCUUGUCCGGGGUGUACCCCAGCUCCCCUGUGCCAAGGCGCUCUACAACUACGAUGGCAAGGAACCAGGAGACCUCAAGUUCAGCAAGGGUGACAUUAUCAUCCUGCGCCGGCAAGUGGACGAGAACUGGUACCACGGGGAGAUGGGCGGAGUCCAUGGCUUCUUCCCCACCAACUUUGUCCAGGUCAUCAAGCCGUUACCACAACCCCCACCACAGUGCAAAGCUCUCUAUGACUUUGAGCUCAAAGACAAGGAGGCAGACAAGGACUGCCUGCCUUUCUCCAAGGAUGAUAUCCUGACUGUGAUCCGCAGGGUGGAUGAAAAUUGGGCAGAGGGAAUGCUGGGAGAUAAAAUUGGAAUUUUUCCCAUCUCAUACGUUGAGUUCAACUCCGCAGCUCGUCAGCUUAUAGAGUUGGACAAGCCGUCAGACUCCAGUGGAGAGUCUGGUGAGGGGGCCUCCUCGGGGCCCCAGAGCAAUGGUGCCCAGCGGGCAGGGGAGAAGAAGAACAGCAAGAAGCGACAUUCCUUCACCUCUCUCACCAUGUCCCACAAACCCAUGCUAGCUCCUCCCCCCCAGCGCCAUUCGAUGGAGAUUAGCGGGCCGGUCCUCAUCAGCUCCAGUAACCCCACAGCAGCUGCCCGUAUCGGAGAGAUCAGUGGAGGCCUUUCCUGCAGUGCACCUUCACAGGUACACAUUUGCACAACUGGACUAAUCGUGACCCCACCCCCUAGUAGUCCGGUUACUACAGCAACUGUCUUCACAUUUCCCUCAGACACAAGCUACACAUCCAUCCCUGUGGAUGCUCUCCCACCACCCCCACCUCCUCCCCCACAAUCCUCUGCCGGUGGAGCAGCACAUUCAUUGGCUGCCGGACAGAGGCCCUCCCCCAGCAUAAGUGACCAAAGUGGGAGACAAAGACCCACAGUCUAUGUGGCAAUGUUCCCCUAUGCUCCUCGUAAGGAGGAUGAGCUGGAGCUAAGGAAGGGAGAGAUGUUCCUGGUGCUGGAGCGUUGUCAGGAUGGCUGGUUCAAGGGCACCUCCAUGCAUACUGGCAAGAUUGGAGUCUUCCCUGGCAACUACAUGAGUCCAGUCAGCAGGACCGCGUCAGGGAGCACUCAGCCCAAAGUGCCCCUGAGUCUGUGCACUCAGGCUGGUAGAGGGGUCACCAUCGUCAGCCCCUCUUCUGCUCCCCUUGGGGCCAUUGUUCCAGGGCCAGACUUCAACAAACCCCCCACCGUGUGCCCCAGCGCUGUACCUGCCAGCUCCCAGCCUGCAGCUGUUGUAGCAGCAGCUCAGACCGCCACAGGCCAACAGCCAAAAGUCCCAUUGCAUGUCAGCUCCCAGAUGACUGUGAAUCAGGCUCGCAACGCAGUCAGGACAGCUGCAUGUAACAGUCAGGACAGGCCUACAGCGGCAGUGACACCCAUCCAGUCUGCAACACCUGUAACAUAUCUUCCACACCUUGCAGUGUGCCCACAGCCCUCCUCUAGCCCUGCCCAAGGUUGUACUCGGGCUGGGGUUGCAAUGGGCUGCGCUGCUGCCUCUCUGACCCCACCCAAUGUCAGUGCUGCAUCCUUGGAGGGUGAUGCUUUGAGACCAUUACCUGUCCUCACUGUGCCUGUCGGCCCUGGCAACAGCUCUGCUCUUAAUUCUGUGUCUAACAACACAGGGCUUGCCUGCAGACUCGACAAGGAUGUCAAGAGAGAAAAGAAAAGUCUGCUGAAGCUGUUGUCCUCCAAUAAGAAGAAGUCUCGUCCUUCACCCCCCUCCUCUCCUACCCUUGAAGCGGAACAGACUGCAGCUGGAGAGGUGCUACAUGGCGCCGUGGGGCAUGACACCUCCCCUCCCUCCAGCUCUGUCAGCUGCCUCGAGCCUGAACCUGCUGCUGCUGUUGCUUCUGCCUCUUCAUCCUCCUCAUCCUCCUCAGUCCCAGAAUCCUCCCAUCGGAAGAGCAGUCCCCUUGAUGGAUGUGUCCCUAUCGCUCCUCCUCCUCGUCAGCCAUGCUCCUCUCUUUUAUCUCAGCAGCAUGACGCACGGCCCAUCAUAUGUGAGAGGUACAGGGUGGUGGUAUCAUAUCCUCCCCAGAGCGAGGCUGAGCUGGAACUUAAGGAGGGCGACAUUGUGUUUGUUCACAGGAAGAGGGAAGACGGCUGGUUCAAAGGCACACUGCAGAGGAACGGCAGGACCGGACUGUUCCCUGGCAGCUUUGUAGACAGCAUCUAAUAGACACACUACAGUGAACCACGGUCACCGCCAUGACCCAGCUGACCGCUGCUUGCCUCACUACAGUCCGUCACUGUUCAAACCAAACAGAACAGCACUCCCAGCGUGGCCGGGACAGGACCGUCAGAUUGACACUUUAACUGCUUAGAGCCCGCUGUGGUCAUUGAAAAGAACAGGAGUGGCUCGUGAAAGAGGGCUACAGAGAAGAACAGGAUAUAUUCUCAUGAAAAGCACAGUGGACAGAGUUAGAGGAGAGCACACUACUCAUGAACUUUUCCUUUUUUUUUGUUGGUUAUUUAUAUCUUUGUUAACAUUUCAGCUGUUAAAUGUGUGCCUUGUACUGUUCCUCACUUUAUUGUACAUAUGGACACAAAGAUGAUUAGUCCUAAAACAACCAAUAUGAACUGUUGCCAUAGAUGUUACACAUUUUAACUUAUUUCAUAGAUUGGCCUUUUUGUAGUGCAACACAUUAAGGGGUUAAGCUGGCACAUGCCGUAUGCCAUAUUUUACAGUUAUACUUUUCUCCAUUACACUACUGAUAAAAGUUUUACCAUUCUUUCAAACUGUCAGCAGAUAGGAGAAGGUAUAUCACAAAUACAGUAGAGCAGAACAAAUGAACAUUGUCGUCAUCCCUUGUGCUGCAUGGUAGGAAAUAUUAUAUUUCCCCAGCUCCAAAGGCAUUACCUCAACCAGAUGAUCAUAAGAGAGAUCUGCAGUAUUGCACAUUCGAGUACACAAGCGAGAAUUCACAGCUUUGUGAACAUUGCACAUCAGAAAAUAUUUCUCUGGGCCAAUCACAGGCUUCCAGUUUUCCUCUCGGUGUGGCUGAGGCUGAAGUGCGAAGCACCGUUUUCUGCAGUGAUCAAAUAUUUGCAUGUGAUUAGCAAAGGCUCCUGCUGCAGAAAAAGUGAAGAUGGAUGUGUUGCAGGACUGCUUGGUCAUGCCUUUUUAACAUGCGAAAAAACACACUCCAAAGAGACUGCAGUCAAAUAUUGCUUAUUUUGUACCUCCUUUGUAUUUACUGACCAGAGUAGCUGCUCUCCCAACCCUUUGGCAAUAGCCAAACCCAGACAUAGCUCUGCAUCACAAGAGUGACAAAACAUUUCAGUAGCAGUGCACAACAGAUUCUUUUCAGUGUAUAUUUGUGUUUGUUACAAAUUCCACGGAAGCUGACACCUGCUGCUCUUAGAGAGUCUCUCGUAUAACUAACCUGGACACACAGUCAGGCACACAGUCACCCUUCAGCAGGCUCUCAGUUUGUGUACACUAUAAUUCAUUCCUAAUGUGACUUGUGGCAAUAAAAACACAGCUAGCUAAAGCACAGAAUGUUUGCCUAAAGUAACAUAUCAUUGUAUCACUCCACAAGAAGAGGUGUGUAGUGUCAUUCUGUUGAAUCUCAAAAGGUACAGUUUUUAUUGAAAUGAAUCACUUUGACCCCCUUGAUUUUUUUUUUUUUUUUCAUAUUUUUUUAUAAUUUUUUUGUAUUUUUUUUUAAUGUUCUUUUGUGGUUGGGUUUUGUUGUACAUUUCGUCUAUACAAAGUCUUUAAUGUUAAGUGUUGUAUUGACUUGAAUUACUGUAAGAUUUCUGUAUGGUUGGAGGGGAUUUGGUUGUAGUUUUGGUGCUUGUUAAACAAAAUGAGUGGUCAGUUUUAGGAUGAAAACUUUGGUGAAUUAAAAGUUUGUUUCAUCAAAGAAUAUGUCACAAUGUAAUUCCUCUUUUCCUUUUAUUCAGUAUCAUUAAUGACUGACCUCUUACUGACCUGAAGUCCUAUGAAGUCUGAGAGGGGAAUUAAAACACUUUAGAGUUGCGGCAAUCACUGAAUUGUGCCAAAUUUGGCUUUGGGAAUGGAUUUACUGACUGAAUUGGAUCCAGAGUUUCAAGUGUGUGGGUUUUUUUGGUUUUUUUUGGGUUUUUUUGUCUUGUUUUUAAUUGAGGGGGACCACUGUGUAACUGACUGCUGGAAUAUGUUGUAGUUCUAAAUUUGGAGAGACUUUGGAAAGGGAUGGUACAAAUCACUGUUAGGGCCUUCUUUUUUUUUUUUUUUUUUUU